UAAAGAGGAUUAGACAUUCCGUUUACAUCAUAGUCUUAUGUCUUUUGACUUGCAUUUGUUUAAAUAACACAAUUCUUAAAUUGUUUUAUCAAUUUAAUUAUAUACACUUGUAUAUAUAUACUUGUUUUCUAUGUAUUGCUGUACUGAAUAUUUCUUUUUUCGAUACACGUGUUAAGCAGCACGUGCCUGUGUUUGUUUAUUUAUAUUUCAUUUAUUUGCUAUUUAAAACAUGUGACAUGAAAUUAUAACUCAACUCUUUACACCUGAGUGAUUUAAAAUCACUUACAUACACGUGAACUUGUGUCGUUCCUGUAACUUUAUCAAUGAUCGUUCUUCAAACGUUUUUAUAGCUUACCUGUAUUGAUUAAAUGAAAAGAUAGAUUACUCUAUUUACCUAUUUAUAACAUUUCACAAAAGAGCUUCCGUUUUUAAAAAAAAACUUCAAAUUUUGUUUUCUGAUUUAUUUGAUUUAUUUGUUUCCCCCCUAAAAUGACAUCGAAACUAAAUUCAUCUUAACUAAAUUAAUCUCUCUGAUUUCACUACAACUGCAUCGAACAUUCUUAUGAUGUUCCAAUUUUGCCUUUUGUACAUAGAUUUUUGUUUUCCCUUCUUUUUUAUUUGCCUGAAUUUCAUGAAUGAUCAUUCGAACUAUAUGUGUUUAUAUCUUGCAUCAUGUUUUACAAAGCAGUCCAAUUUUCUGAUUGUCAUUUAUAUGUAUUGUCUUGUAUUUGACAAUGGGUAAUGACAUCGUAGCAUAUAGAAUGACAAUAGGACUGUUUUAUCACAAGAUAAGUCUGGGUUGUUUGAGAAAAACAUUUGUAUCGUUCUCAGUGUAUGAAUUACUUGCCGUUUUAUUUACGAAUGUUUCAAGACUCAAACUAUGUAUUUUUAAUUUAUACAGAUCUUCUGCUAAUAUGAUUUCAUUUUACAUACUGUUAUUAUGUUUGUUGCUAAUAUGUGGUGACAUCGAACCGAACCCGGGUCCUGAGCGCACACCAGAAAUAUCUGAGAAAACAUUGUCAAUUUUCCAUGGUAAUAUAAGAAGCCUUAGAAAUAAACUGAAUUAUAUUGUCGAUAUUAUUGAAGAUUACGAUGUCGUAUUCUUGACAGAAACCCAUUUAGACUCAAAUAUUACAGAUUCUGAUUUAUAUAUAUCCGGUUUUGAAAUACCAGUUCGAAAAGAUAGAAAUUCUCAUGGGGGUGGCAUUAUUAUGUAUUAUAAAAGUUAUGUUCGCAUAACUCGUCGACAUGAUUUGGAGAAUUGCCAACUUGAGAGUAUGUGGUAUGAGUUAAAAACCAAAUUGCGAUCAAUAUUGAUAAACAUCAAUUAUAGGUCGGAACGGCAAUCUUCACUUUAUUUCUGGCAGUAUUUUGAUCAAAUGUUGAAAAAUGUCCUGGAUGAAAAUAAUUGCAUAAUUUGCUUAGGUGAUCUGAAUAAAAACUUUAUGUCAGAUCUACCGUCAAAUAUAAGAGAUAUUUUUUUCAUCAAUGGCCUUGUUAACAUAAUUGACAAAGCUACUCAUUUUGACACACGAACAGGUAGCACGUCUUUACUUGAUCCUAUUUUAGUCACUGAUUCGAUACCGGUUUUAGAUAAAGACACAAUACCUUUUGAUAGAGGUAUUAGUGAUCAUGAUGGAACAUACGUCACAAUUGAUUGUGGUUUUAGUAAAAGACGAACUUAUAAUAGAUUGAUAUGGGAUUAUAAAAAAGGUGAUUAUGACCUUAUGAAACAAAAAGUAGUUGAAACAAAUUGGGAAUAUUUAAUUUCUGAUGCAAGUUACGUUCAUGUUGCUGCGACUAAUUUCACGAAUUCAUUUCUUAAUAUAGCCUCCGAGUGUAUACCUACAAGGGAAGUAACUAUAAGAUGUGACGAUAAAGUUUGGUAUGAUUCGAAUUUGCGGCGUGAAACGAGAAAACGCGACAGGCUUCGUAAUAUUUUUAUUCGCUCAAAUAGUACAUCCGCAGAAAAGAAAUUUAAACAACAAAGGAACAAAGUAAAUAACUUGAAAAAGCAAGCUAAAAAACAUUUUUUUACCAGUAUUAAUGAAAAUUUAGAUGAACUAAAAGUUACAAACUGUAAACAGUACUGGAAAACUGUUAACAUGUUAAUUAAAAGUGAUACACCGUCUCAUGAUUUACCACCCAUGACGGACCCUGAUCAUAACUUUAAACUUGCGUAUGAGGGAACCGAAAAGUCCGACAUUUUAAAUAAAUAUUUUUGUUCAAUUUCUAAUUUAGAUGGCGCUAGUAAAGAUUUGCCGGAAUUUGAAGACCGAUGUCUUGAUUUUAUUUCACAAAUUGUAGUUAGUGAACAAGAUGUACUUGAUAUUCUUUCAACGCUCGAUGUUAAUAAAGCUGUUGGACCAGAUAUCGUUAGCAACAGAAUGUUACUUGCUGUUAGAAAUGAAAUUUCCAAACCAUUAUGUCUACUUUUUAACAAAUCUUUAAAUGAUAAAAUAUUUCCAGACCAAUGGAAGAUUGCACAUGUUAUUCCCUUAUUCAAAAGUGGUGACAAGUCAUUACCGUCUAACUACAGGCCAGUCUCAUUAUUGUCAUGUGUGAGUAAAGUCUUAGAAAAGAUUGUUUUCAAAAAUAUUUUUAACCAUUUACAUGAAAAUAAACUAUUAUUCAAGUAUCAAUCCGGAUUUAUUCCAGGAUACUCAACUUCGCAUCAGUUGAUAGAAUUGUAUAACAAAAUUUUGAGUGCACUAAAUGAAAAGCUUUUAACAAGCAUUACAUUUGCUGAUAUAAGCAAAGCAUUUGAUACUGUUUGGAUUAAGGCUUUAUUACAUAAACUUGAUAAAUAUGGUAUAAAAGGAGACUUGCUAUGUUGGUUGAAAAGUUACUUGUCUAGACGAUCUCAGAGAGUUGUCAUAAAAGAUUCAUUAUCAAACAUUGGAAAACUUAACGCUGUUUGGGAUAAUUGUGGGAACAUAAAUUCUGAUCGGAUAGAAAAUAUUCAAAUCGAGGCUGCUCGCAUUGUUACUGGAUUACCAAGUUAUGCUAGCCGAAACGCUAUUUACAGGGAGACGGGAUGGGAAAAAUUAAGCGUAAGGCGGGAGGUAAAAAAGUUGGCCAUGUUUUAUAAAAUUAUUAACAAUCAGGCUCCAGAUUAUCUACAUGACUUGGUUCCAGAAUUUGUAUCUGAUAUUAGUAAUUACAAUUUACGAAACAGACACAAUAUCACUAUUCCAGUGAAUCGUUUGUCGGUUUAUCAACAUUCUUAUUUCCCAGCAUCCAUAACAUUGUGGAACACUUUAGAUAUUAUUAUUAGACAGAUUCCUACAUUUUCAUUAUUUAAAAGCAAAUUGCAUAUGUUAUACUAUAAGAAUAAAAAAUCUCCGAGACAUUUUUACUCUGGAGAUCGCUUACUAUCUGUAUUACAUGCAAGGUUGCGAAACCAUUGUAGCACUCUUCAAUCAGAUUUGUUUAAUGCAAACUUAGUACAAGAUGCCAAUUGUUUAUGUGGCUUCAUCAAUGAAGAUGCUAAACAUUAUUUAUUAUAUUGUAACAAUUUUUCAUCACAAAGGCUUUUAAUGAUAAAUGAAAUCAAUGUUUUUGCUGUCAAUAUUACAAUUGAGUUAUUGCUCUCUGGUGAUGAGUCUUUGAGUUCUGAAGAAAAUUAUAGUGUUUUUCUAUCUGUACAAAAGUAUAUAAAAAGUACCAAGCGUUUUUCUCAACUUUGACAACCUUAUUCUGUAACAGAUCUUACUAGAACAUGAUCAAUGUAUGCUCUUAGGGGUACGGUAAUCGAAUGAUCUUUAUGAUUGACUUUUGUAUUCUGAAACGUUUCCAUGGAUUUAAGUAAAAAACAAAAUUGAUACUUACAAUUAUGUGUAGAUUUAUUCCGUUUUCCUGUUAAUCCGUAACUUUAAACUAUGAGUGUGUAAUUUACAUUUAAACAAAUUUACUCACAUGACUUGUCAUGUACACUAACAUAUUUUAUUUUACACAGCUCGGUGUGUUUGUAUUUAUUUCUACUGAAAAUAGGCGCAUUCGAUUGGUUAUAUUAAGUGGUAAAUAUCCAUUGAUUCGAUUCUUAAAAUUUGUAUGUAACUUAUUUUUAUAUCUUCAUGCUAAAAUAAUAAUUGGUUAAAGUCAGAUUUAUGUAAUGUUCAUUCAUGUGUAUAUUUAUGUAUAUAUUGGAGAAGACGUUACUAAGUUGAAAAACUUGUGUCUAAUCCAUUUGUCAUUUUUGAACAAUAAAAUAUGUUUAAACUAAA